UACUCUGUUGGAAAUAUAUAAGUAGCUUCAGAAAAAUCUUGGAUAGUCAAUCUAAAAUACCAGUUUAGUACAAUCACAGAAGUAAAUCUUCGUUAGUCGAACAAUGGAAUAGUAACAUUAACAAAAUCCGAAAUUUGGUUUUAUCAACCCUAAAAAUGGACAAACUUACCUUGAUAUCCGGAACACUUUUUAUGACCGCAGAUGUUUUUGCUAUCGUUAGCCUUGCAAUGCCCGAUUGGAUUAUUACUGAUGUUGGAGGUGACACUAGGCUGGGUUUGAUGUGGUCAUGUAUAACUCUCUACAACAGGCCUCAAGUUUGUUUCACACCAGACCUCCAACCUGAAUGGCUCCUAGCCCUGAUAUGUAUCUUCAUGGGAUGUAUCUGCAUUACUACAACUGUCAUUCUCCUAGCAUCCAGCCAUUUUGAUAGAAAUGUUAUCCCAUAUGCAAGAUGGGUAGGAUUUGCUGCAAUGGUUGUUUUCUGCUUGGCUGCUGUAAUAUUUCCAAUGGGUUUCCAUGUGGAUGAGAUCGGUGGCCAGCCCUACCAGCUACCCAACAGCCACCAAGUCGGAAUCUCAUAUAUAUUAUUUGUUCUCUCGCUUUGGAUAACUGUGAUAUCUGAGCUAUUUGCUGGAAAAGUAUGUUUACCACACUUUUAAGUAUGUUAAUGAUUUUUAA